AUGUUAAGGCCCGGAUUGUUGUUCUGUUUAUUGAAGGAGGAGGAGGAGGAGGAGGAGGAGGAGGAGGAGGAGGAGGAGGAGGAGGAGGAGGAGGAGGAGGAGGAGGAGGAGGAGGAGGAGAAGCAGGAGAGGGAGAAACACGCUGGCAUGGUAGCAACCUCCGCAUCAGGAGGCAUGGCGUCUGGGGGGAUUGUAAAGGAGGAACCUGAGGAGGAUGAUUGGAGAGCUGGGGAGGAGGAGAGCAAGGAGGAGAGUGAGGAGGAGACUGAGGAGGAAAGUGAGGAGGAAAAUGAGAAGGAACGUGAGGAGGAAAUUGAUGAGGAGAAUGAGGAGGAGAGCGAGGAGGUGGAGAGGGAGGAGGAGAAAAGUGACGAGGAAACAGAGGAAGAAAAUGAGAAGAAUGUGGAGGAGAAAACCGAGGAAAUAAUUGAGAAGGAUGAGGGGGACGAGGGAGAGGAGGAGGGAGAGGGGGAGGAGGGAGAGGAGGAGGAGGGAGAGGAGGGGGGAGAGGGGGAGGAGGGAGAGGAGGAAGAGGGAGAGGGGGAGGAGGGAGAGGGGGAGGAGGGAGAGGGGGAGGAGGGAGAGGAGGAGGAGGAGGGAGAGGGGGAGGAGGGAGAGGAGGAGGAGGGAGAGGAGGAGAAGGAAGAGGAGGAGGAGGAGGAAGGGGAGGAGGAGAAGGAAGAGGAGGAAGAUGAUGAGGAGAAGGAAGAGGAGGAGAAGGGGGAGGAGAAGGGGCAGGAGAAGGAAGGGGAAGAGGAGGAGGAGGAGGAGGAGGAGGAGGAGGAGGAGGAGGAGGAGGAGGAGGAGGAGGAGGAGGGAGUGGAAGGAGGGCGGGUAGAGGAACAGCAGAAGGAUUCACCUCCAUCACAGAAAGAUCAGAGGAAGAAGAAUUCCAGCCCCCCUGUUACAACGUGCAGAGCUCUCACACCCUCCACGCCCUUUGCACUGCGCCACAGCAGGCGCAAGGAGAGAAGGUGCAGAGGAGAGGAGGAACGCCCAGUGAACGCAGGGAAAGAUCAGAGGAAGAAGAAGAAUCCCCAGCCCCCCGCUUCCAACGUGCAGAGCUCUCGCACCAUCCUUGCCCUUCUUCCAAUCCUCAGCCUUGCCCGUGUUUCCCCUGCCUGUUUGUGUCGCAGAUCAGAGGAAGAAGAAGAAUCUCCAGCCCCCCUCUUCCAACGCGCAGAGCUCUUGCACCAUCCUCGCCCUCCGCUCUGCGCCACAUCAGGCACGGGGAGAGAGGGUGCAGGCGAGAGGAGGAACGGCGCACGGGCGAGACGGACGUGGCGGCAUUUGGACUUUGGCAACGAUCUCACCGCACUCACUGCAGACGGGCGGCGCGGCCGGAGCGCCGCCCGCACGCUGGGCUUCCGGGGCAGCUGCAUUCGUCUGCCAGCGGUGCACCGGCAGAUGCUGAGGCGGCUUCUAAGGAGGAUGAUGUUCCGAGGGGAGGUGGAGCAGGCGGUAGGGGUGCUGGCGGCUCUGAUGGAUGCGGAUAAGGAUGCUGAAGUUACGAGACGAGCUGUUGACGAGCCUAUAUGGCUGGAGUCCCAGCAAGCGCUGGUGCUGCUGCGAGAGUUGUGGCGCAAGGGCUUCAGUAGCAGAGGCAGUGGCAGUGGUGCUGCCAGUGGUGGAGGUGGUGGCAGCAGCAGCAGCAGCAGUGAGCGGCGAAGGGCAGAGAGGAGGCGACUGGUGGUGUUCAUGCGAGUGAUAGCUCUGAAGCAAGAGGACGAUGUGAGUGGUGAUGGGAGGGAAGAGUAG